GGAUCAAACUCCAGGUAACUGACACACCUCAGGUUUGUCAACUGUGGCUCAGUGAGUCUGUUCGUUCCUUCAGGAGCCUGGAGACGAACUGAUGCAGCAACAAAUCCAGACAGAACAACUCGUCAGUGAUCAGAGGUGAUCCAGAUCAAUAUCCAGAUUAAUAUCCAGACCAGUAUCCAGACCAGUAUCCAGACCAGUAUCCAGACCAGUAUCCAGCCCAGUACCAGACCAGUACCAGACCAGUAUCCAGACCAGUAUCCAGACCAGUACCAGACCAGUACCUCCCUUGUGGUCUUCCAGCAGAGUGACAGGAUGGCUGCAGCGCCUGUCACAGACGGUCUGUUUCCCAUGAAGCGCAGCAGCAGUUAUGAAUUGCUGCCACCAAACAUGUCGGAGCUGACGGUGGUCCUGUUGGGGAACAGCAGGUCUGAGAAGAGUUCAGUGGGAAACUUCAUACUGGGAGCGGCUGUGUUCAACACUGAGGAAGAACCAGACGACUGUGAGAGAGGUGAAGGAAAGUGGAAGGAGAAAAGAAUCGUCAUCAUCAACACCCCAGAUCUGCUUCAUCCCGACAUCUCUGACAGGAAACUGAGAAAACGUGUAGAAAAGUGUGUGAGUCCCUCUGAUCCCGGACCUGAUGUGUUCCUUCUGGUUCUUCAGCCUGAAGACUUCACUGAGGAACAGAGAACGAGGCUCUGCAGAGUCCUUCAGCUCUUCAGUGAUUCAUCCCUGGAUCAGUCACUGGUCCUGGUCUCAACACCCAGAGAGGAGAGUCCAGGAGAACACUACCUGAGCCACCCACCUGUAAGAGACCUGAUCAGACUGUGUGGAGACAGGUACCUGAAGAAGGAGAACCUUGAUCGUAAAGAGCUGUUAACACGACUGGGUCAAACUGCAAAGGACAAAGACAAAGAGCAUCUGUGUGAACACAAGAAACCAUCUUUAAACCUGCUUCUGUGUGGGAGGAGAGGAGCAGGGAAGACUUCAGCAGCCGAGGCCAUUUUAGGUCGGACGGACCUUCACUCCUCAGAGAGUGUGAGACAUCAGGGAGAGGUGUGUGGACGUCAGGUCUCCCUGGUGGAGCUUCCUGCUCUGUAUGGAAAACCUCUGGAGGCCGUGAUGGAGGAGUCACUCAGGUGCGUCUCCCUCUGUGAUCCUGACGGCGUCCACGCCUUCCUCCUGGUCCUGCCUGUAGGUCCCCUCACUGAUGAAGACAAGGGGGAGUUACAGACCAUCCAGAGCACGUUCAGCUCUCGAGUCGACGACUUCACCAUGAUCCUGUUCACCGUGGAGUCAGAUCCCACAGAUCCAGCUGUUGUUGACUUCCUAAAUGAAACCGAUGACAUCCAGGAGCUCUGUCGGAGCUGUGGAGGAAGAUCUGUCGUCCUCAACAUCAAGGACGAGCAGCAGGUCUCUGAGAUGCUGGACGCUGUGGACACGAUGAGCACUGGAGGAUCCAGAUGCUUCACAAAGAACACGUUUACUGAGGCGCAGGUGAGUCGGGUUGUGGAGCAGGAAAACGCCAACACGAAACUCAAAGCUGAACUUGAGGCUGUGACACAGAAGAGACCGGUGGGAGAUCGGAGCAGAGAGCCUCUCAGGAUGCUGCUGCUCGGGAAGACUGGUUCUGGGAAGGGUUCGACCGCAAACACCAUUUUGGGCAAAAAGAUUUUCGAAACAGGAACAAUCAAGUCUGGAGAAAUAGCAACUGGAGAGGUUGAUGGACGGUCCGUCACUGUGGUGCGAUCCCCCGACCUGUUUGAUACAACUCUCUCUGAUGAGCUUCACAGAUGCCUCAAGCUGUUGUCUCCUGGACCUCAUGUCUUCUUAUUGGUGCUGCCGAUCGGAGACUUUUCACCAGAGGAGAAAAACUCCAUGGAACUGAUCAGAAAAUACUUUGGCAAAAGGUCAAAAGACUUCACCAUCAUCAUAUUCACCAGAGGAGACGAACCGGCCGAGCGCUCGUUUGACAGUUGUGUGAAAGAUGUUGAUGGUUUUGUCAAACAACUAAUAAAUGACUGUGGAGGAAGAUAUCAGGUCUUUAACAACAGAGACGUCACAAACCGGACACAAGUCCAUGAGCUGCUGAGCAAGAUCCAGACCAUGCUGGAGGAAAACGGUGGCUGCUGCUACAACGAGAUGCCUGACGACACACAGGAAGUCACACAAGUGGAAAUGAUUCUGAAAGAGAAGGAAGAAGAGAUGAAGAGAACGGAGGAGAAGCUGAGGAGAAAACAUGAGGAAGAUUUAAAACCACUGAGAAGGAAAAUCACUGAGCAGAGAGCAGAAAUUGAACAGGAGAGAAAACUGAGAGCAAAACAGCUGAAGGACCAAGACGACAGCAAGAAAAAAGAGCGAGAAGAGAGAAAGAAAGAACGAGAGGAGAAUGAAAAGAGGUGGAAGAAAAGGGAAGAAACUCUGCGACGGGAUUGGAGAAAACGACUGGAAGCGUCAGAGAAGACGGUCCAGACGGAGACAGAGCAGAGGAAAGCUGCCGAGAGGAAACUGGAGCUGAGCAGAAAAGAGUGGAAGAGAGAUCACGAGAACUGGGAUAAGGAAAAGACGGGGAUGUGGGAAGGAAGGUAUCAGGACCUCAAACAGAAUCUGGAGGAGGAGAAGAAGAUGUACCGACGCAGGAGAAACCAAUGGAUCGGUUCCUCUGUGCUGAUUCUAUCUGUGUUGUUGUUAUUUUACAUUUUCACAGACAGAGGGCAGACGUAUGAUGCACAUACCUUGAAACGCAGAGGCAGUUUGUUUCGCCUGCCACCAAACAUGUCGGAGCUGACGGUGGUCCUGUUGGGGAACAGCAGGUCUGAGAAGAGUUCAGUGGGAAACUUCAUACUGGGAGCGCCUGUGUUCAACACUGAGGAAGAACCAGACUACUGUGAGAGAGUCAUAGGAAAGUGGAAGGAGAAAAGAAUCGUCAUCAUCAACACCCCAGAUCUGCUUCAUCCCGACAUCUCUGACAGGAAACUGAGACAAGGUGUAGAAAACUGUGUGAGUCCCUCUGAUCCCGGACCUGAUGUGUUCCUGCUGGUUCUUCAGCCUGAAGACUUCACUGAGGAACAGAGAACGAGGCUCUGCAGAGUCCUUCAGCUCUUCAGUGAUUCAGCCCUGGAUCAGUCACUGGUCCUGGCAGCAACACCCAGAGAGAGUUCAGGUUUUAUGUACCCACCAAUAAAAGAGAUUAUCAGAAUGUGUAGAUACAAAUUCUUAAUGCGAAAUAACCUUGAACAUGAAGAGCUGUUAACACGAUUGUGUCAGAUUGUAUCUGGAGAACAGGACUCAACACCUACUUCACCAGAUGUUCAUCAAACACAGACUCUUGUCACAGAGGCUGUUAAAGCUGCUGCAUCUGAACUGAGGAUUGUUCUGUUGGGAAAACAUGAAGACGAAAAGACAAAACUGGGCAACUUCAUCAUCAGGGACCAAGUUUUUCAUAGACAAAAACAUUCACCACUCAGUCGGUGUGUCGCCGCCUGCGGAGAGUGGAGAGGAAAACCAGUAACAGUGGUGAAAACUCCAGACAUGCUCGGUAUGUCUGAAGGCAACGUGAGACAAGAGGUGAAGAGCUGUGCAACUCUCUGUCCUCCUGCACCAAAUGUUCUGCUGCUGUUGGUGAAUCCUUCAGAUUUCACUGAGGAGAACAAGAAAACACUCGAGUUCAUCCUGAGUUUGUUCGGUCAAGAUGCUUUGAAUUACUUAAUGGUCGUCAUAACACAUGAGAGGGUGGAAAUGACUGUCUCUUUUGGUGAACUCCUCAAAUACUGCAGAGGAAGACACUACUGUAUGAGUGAAGAUAACCAGAGAUUAUUAAUGGAGAAGAUUGAGAACAUUGUGCAUGAAAACAAAGACCAACUCAAACCAUCUUUAAACCUGCUUCUGUGUGGGAGGAGAGGAGCAGGGAAGACUUCAGCAGCCGAGGCCAUUUUAGGUCGGACGGACCUUCACUCCUCAGAGAGUGUGAGACAUCAGGGAGAGGUGUGUGGACGUCAGGUCUCCCUGGUGGAGCUUCCUGCUCUGUAUGGAAAACCUCUGGAGGCCGUGAUGGAGGAGUCACACAGGUGCGUCUCCCUCUGUGAUCCUGACGGCGUCCACGCCUUCCUCCUGGUCCUGCCUGUAGGUCCCCUCACUGAUGAAGACAAGGGGGAGUUACAGACCAUCCAGAGCACGUUCAGCUCUCGAGUCGACGACUUCACCAUGAUCCUGUUCACCAUGGAGUCAGAUCCCACAGAUCCAGCUGUUGUUGACUUCCUAAAUAAAACCGAUGACAUCCAGGAGCUCUGUCGGAGCUGUGGAGGAAGAUCUGUCGUCCUCAACAUCAAGGACGAGCAGCAGGUCUCAGAGAUGCUGGACGCUGUGGACAAGAUGAGAAGAAACAAGGACAAACCAUGCAGCUACACAACAGCAACAUUCGCACAAGCCGGAAUCAGAAAGAUAAUGAAACAAGAGAGGGACAUCACUGAACUUCAGAAGCUUAAAGGCAAAACACAGAACAUCUAUGAUGACGAGACACAGAGUCCAGAGUGUCUCAGGAUUGUGCUGAUCGGGAAAACUGGUUGUGGAAAGAGCUCUUCAGGAAACACCAUUCUGGGAAGACAAGAGUUUGAAUCCGAACUUUGUCAAAAGUCAGUCACCAAGCGUUGCCAGAAAGCGCAGAGUGAAGUGAACGGUCGUCCUGUGGUUGUGGUCGACACUCCUGGUCUGUUUGAUGAUAGUUUGUCCCAUGAACAGGUUCAUGAGGAGAUGGUGAAAUGCAUCAGUCUUCUGGCUCCAGGUCCACACGUCUUCCUGUUGGUGAUGCAGAUUGGUAGAUUCACACCAGAAGAGGAGGAAACACUGACACUCAUCAAGAACAACUUUGGGAAGAAUUCUGAGAAGUUCACCAUCAUUCUGUUAACAAGAGGAGAUGACCUGGACAACAACAAGUUGUCCAUUGAAGAAUUCAUUGAUAAGAAAUGUGAUGACUCCUUUAAGAAGCUGGUCGCCGACUGUGGAGGAAGAUACCAUGUGUUUAACAACCAUGAUGAACACAACCACACACAAAUCAGAGAGCUGAUGAACAAGAUCGACACCAUGGUGAAGGAAAAUGGAGGCAGCUGCUACACCAAUGAGAUGCUGCAGGAGGCUGAGGCAGCAAUACAGAAAGAAAUUAAGAGAUUACUGAAGGAGAAUGAAGAGAUGAAGAGAGAGAGGGAGGAAGUAGAAAGACAACAUAAGGAAGAAAUGCAAGUGAUGAAAAGAAGGAUGAAAGAACAGAGAGAAGGAAUUGAACAGGACGUAAAACUGAGACUAAACCAACUCAAGAAGAGAGAGGAAGACAUCAAGAAGAUACAAGAAGAGAGAAGGAAAGAACAAGAGAAGAGAGAACAAGAAGACAGGAAAAAGAAAGAGCAGGAAGAAAAUCAGAGACAGGAGUGGGAAGAAAAACUUGAAGCUUUGGAGAAAAAAAUACAAUUGGAAUCGAAAGAGAAAAAAACGAUUGAUGAAGAGUUGGUGCAGAGUAGAGAAGAGAUGAGAAAAGAACGAAGGAAAUGGGAGGAGGAAAGAACAAUGUCGUGGGCAAAACGAGAAAAUGACACUCGUCAAAGCCAAAGGAUGGAGAAAUAUAGAUUUAAGAAUAUCGAAGAAAAAUUUACACAGGACCGAGUCGAAUAUGAAAAUAAAAUAAAAGAACAAGAUCGACUCAGAAGAGAACAAGAGGAGAAGGAGAAAAGAGAAGCAGAAGAAAAACAUGAGAAAAAAAUUGAGGAAAUGAAAAAGAAAUAUGAAGAGGAGGCCAGAAAACAAGCUGAAGAAUUCAAUGAGUUCAGAGAAAAAUACACCAAAGAACUGGAAGCUCUGAAACAACGUCAUGAGAAAGAGAUUCAACAGACACGGGAGAAAUACAACACACAGUACAGUGUGUUACACAACCUCUCCAGUCACAAAGAAAAGAAACUGAAAGAAGAAAUGAUGAAGAAACAGAAAGACCAACAAGAUGAAAUCAAGGACAAAGAAAAACUAAUCAAAGAAUUAGAAGAAUUGAAGAAAAAGCAAGAAAAAGAGAUUAAAGAUCUGAAGAAGAAGUACAAAAAAAAAUGUAACAUCAGCUGAUGAUGCUUCUGAUGCCUGGAACUCUCAGUUUCAUCUUCCUGUGACGUGAGGAAUCUCUGUGUGUGUGAUCUCAAAAAACAUCCAUCCGAUCCAAACUUGGCAAGUUCAUGGGCGAAUUUGGUCCAAUUCAUUUACGCAACAUGUCCGAUAUCAAUACAUUGUGAAUGAAAAGGCAGCAGCUGUAGAUAGACAGAGUAUUGUCCACUGGUGAAGCAACAGGAGCCAACAAGCAGAGUUAGGGUCUGUUCCAUUUCCCCAGACUCGUCCCGACCCCUUGUCCUGACCCCUCCUUUCAUCCACUGCACCUGAAGUCAGCAUCUGACCACCCUAGUUGGAAGGGCUGUUUGAAGGGGCAGAUAACCACCUCCCCUUGAUCUUCAAAAGAAAUAGGACUUCCUACCCUACGCGGGAACGCGCAAAACAGGUGGGUAGAGCUAAGUGGGGGGAAAUGGGACGGACCCUUAGUGUCUCGAAGCCACACAGCACAACUGCAGCCUACUGGACUAAACAGCAAACCAAAAGGACCCUUCUUCUUUUUCCAUGGAUGUGGUAAUGUAACUGUGCAUAUUAUAACAAGCACAGUGUAAUGUAUUGAUUUGAUGGAAUGUGUUCACUAAGCAUACUGUAAUGUCUGUUCAGAGGUGAAUGUGUAUCAUGUCACAAACCCAACAGCUUUGAUUCCGCCGUCUUGUUUGUAGUUUUCUUUGUUUACCACCAUUUUGUUUUUAGUACUUUGACCCCACCAUUGGCAAUCAGCAAUGUAGUCUGUGCACAUGCAUGCACAGUUGGCGUGCUCGAACCCACACACAUUCGCAUGUGGUGCCCCGUGUGAGGUUGGGUAUUGUGCAAUGUUAAAUUCAGCAUAAUUCUGGCCAUUACAAAGGAGGAAUCUAGGAAUUUUGCUUCACCAAAAGUAUUCUAAUAUUUUUAGCCACAGGAUUAGACAUCAAGUUGUAUUUUCAAACUAGUAGAUUGUGGUAAGAGUUGAUUUUAUUUCUUCAAUCUAGCAAAGAAACUGAGUCAGUUAUUUAGAGUUACUAUUUUAACAGCAGACUGAUGUUGAUGUUGAUUUGUCCAGUUUAACCUGCUAUAGAAAGUCAAUUCUGUCAGAAUUAGCUGGUAAAAAGAGACAUAUUCUGCUCAUAUUCAGGUUCAUAAUGUUAUUGGGGGUUAUUUCAUGCUCUAAUGUUCAGUAAACAUCAGUUUCCUGCAGCUCCUCUUUCUCAGCCCCUUCAAGGCCCCUCCCUCCCAAUGAUCGGAUUGGCCAGCUGGCUCCACUCUGUUGUGAUUGUUCAACCGCUUCCAGCAUGUGUAGGAAGCCGUCUCACCCUCGCCUUACCCUGCUUUGUUUUGGGCCGUGUCAGACUAGCCACUAGACACUUUAUACACGUCUUUGAUAUGGUGAUGUCACCAUGUUGCGGAAGCAUCGUCCGGCGACUGACGAGGCGUUUCAGGUGCAGUGUUUUCUGUCGGGGAGAGGAGUUCCCUGCAGGGGGCGCUGCAGGAGUGGAGCCGACUUCCUACAUGACAUUUGAACAUUCAAAAGAUUUUUCUUAGCUGGACUACCAGCACCAGGGUUAUAACAAUAACCUUCUGAGGCUUGAGAGGAAAACACAGAAUGUCAUGCAGUCUCUUUGUCGCUUUGCAAAACAAAUACUUUGAAUUUUACUGCUCUGAAUACUGAAAUACUUUUACUUUUAAAUACAGGACAUGGAAUAUUUUUUCUUAUUUAUUAUCGAAGUCAGAAUCGACUGUGAGGUUAUGAAUCUUUUAAAAGUUUGCUCUUCACUGACAAACUUGUCUCUCUUUGUGUCUGAUGAUGGUCGAAGGUUUUACUUUGUGACUUAUCAACAUAUUGAUUUUAAUGACAUAAAAUGUUUGUCAAGGUGAAGAGCAGCUCAGUUUCACACACUGAGAAUCAGAAACACAGUGACGCUGGAUUCAUGUUUAAACAUUAACUCACACAUUUAUACAUUUUUUUCAUUGUACAUUUGUUUACCGUGUCGCAUGUUGUCGUUGUAUGAACAUGUAUGUUUUGUCAUUGUAUCAUGUACAUUUUUCUUUGAUUUGUAACUUUGAUUUAUUGAUUUAUUAUUUCAGGUUUUUUUUGUCUGUGUGUGUGUGAAUAAACGGAGGAAUUAAUGUUUUUUAACAUGUUCA